UCUCUUCCUUGCAAAAUGGCGGCUACGGCGCCCAGCGCGGCUCCACCCGCGACAGUCCCGCCGCAGAGCCCGACAGCGGCUCCGGCCACCCCGGCCGGGAGCGCCCCCCCCGCAGCCGCGCCAGCCCCGCCUGCCGCCCCGGCUCCGCCGCCGCCGGCCGCGCCGCUGUCAGCCGCGCUCUCGGGCCCCUUCCCCGGCGGCCGCGUGGUGCGGUUGCACCCGGUCGUGCUCGCCUCCAUCGUGGACAGCUUCGAGCGGCGCAACGAGGGCGCGGCGCGGGUCAUCGGGACGCUGCUGGGGACCGUGGACAAGCACUCGGUGGAGGUCACCAAUUGCUUCUCCGUCCCGCACAAUGAGUCCGAGGAUGAGGUGGCAGUCGAUAUGGAGUUUGCCAAAAACAUGUAUGAGCUGCACAAAAAGGUGUCUCCUAGCGAGAUCAUCUUGGGCUGGUAUGCAACAGGCCAUGACAUCACGGAACACUCAGUCCUGAUCCACGAGUAUUACAGCCGGGAGGCGCACAAUCCAAUCCACCUCACUGUGGACACAAGUCUCCAGAAUUCACGCAUGAGCAUUAAAGCCUAUGUCAGUGCCCCAAUGGGAGUCCCUGGUAAAACUAUGGGCGUGAUGUUCACACCCCUAACAGUGAAAUAUGUUUAUUAUGAUACAGAGCGGAUAGGAGUGGAUCUCAUCAUGAAGACCUGUUUCAGCCCUAAUCGAGUGAUUGGCUUGUCCAGUGACUUACAGCAGGUGGGCUCAGCCUCAGCCCGGAUCCAGGAUACCCUGACCAUGGUGCUGCAGUACGCCGAGGAUGUGUUGUCUGGCAAAGUGGCUGCUGACAACACUGUUGGGCGCUUCCUGAUGGAUCUUAUUAACCAGGUGCCAAAGAUUUCACCAGAGGACUUUGAGACAAUGUUGAACAGCAAUAUCAAUGACCUACUGAUGGUAACCUACUUGGCAAACCUCACACAGUCACAGAUUGCUCUGAACGAAAAACUUCUGAGUUUAUAAAGAAACUGUUGCCAUCCUACACUUAAAGGAGCCCGAAGAAUGAGUAGAUACACUUUUCUAUGGUGUUACAAACUUCCUUGGACCGUAAUUUAAUUACCUACAUGACUUGGUUUACAUCUUUAUUCCCACUGCCCUGAAAAAUCCCUAACAUGCUUCAGGAAAUGAAUGGGAAUGGCUGCAGUUCAGUUGAGCCUGAUAUUUUAAAAUGGAAUAUGAGAAUCUUUUGUCUCCUGGGUUUAUCGACUUGUAUAACAAAAUACAGCUUUAUUGUAAGAAUGUAUUGGGAAUAAAAGUUCCAUUGCAGUGGCAA